UCAUUCUGACAUUAGCAUAAAUUAUGUUAAAGAUAAAUAAUUCUAUCUCUGAAAUGGGUGUUGAUAGCAUUGUCAAGAUUGAAGAGAGCUUUGGCCUAGGUGAGUGCUGUGUACAUCAUGAAUGUUAGGUGUCUAGGUGGGUCAUAUUCCUUAUAACUGCUUGCCAUUCCUAAGACUCUGAUUUGACAGUGCUUAAAUUUAAGUAAUGCAAUAUCGAAUAUUGAUGUGAAUAAUUUCAUAACAUUCAUCUAGCAAACAGUUCCGAUGCAUAGAAGCCAGGCACCGGGCCGAAUGCUUCAGAAGAUCCUGGACAACCAACAUGAAAUUCUGAAACGAGUGGCAAAGGUGGAACGGCAGUUAGAUCAUCUCCAGUCAGUCCAGAAUUCAAAGCAACGCCAAGCUGGGAAACAAAACAAGCCAACAGUGCCCAAUGAUGUCCGGAACAUGGUUAAAGAAGGAUACGACCAUUGUGUUAACACCGAUGGUAGAGAAAAGUGGAAUUUGGCCAAAGGAAUGAAGGCCACCUCAGCCCCAAAUGAUGAGACAACCAAGGCUGUCCUGGGAUAUGUUCAGGGACUCCUGCCUGGCUAUGCAGACAAAAUGGACAUCGUCAAAGCUGCUGUCGACACUUACUUCGAUAGUAAGAGGCGGGGCGAGAUGAGGGAACAAACGGGCAAGACCAACAAGCACCGUAAGCAGUGUGUCCGGAACACAAGGAUAGCUACGAAACUGGACCAUCGCCUGAAAGCCUUAAAGGCGAAGAAGUCAUACAAUACACUGUUGAAAAAUUUGCUGAGACACUAA